ACACACAACACACCACACGUAGAUGCAGAGGCAGACACUUGCAUGCUACCCACAGCACACCACACAGUUCUCCAUCUGUUGCUGCUGCAGUUGUAAUCGAUCUGGUCCGGUCACCUUUCCCGGCGGUGGUGGUGCCGAAACCAAAAGCCGCCGUACCUGAAACGAUUCUCCCUCCCUCCCCUCGCUUUCUCCCUCUUCUUUCUUGCAUCAUCCCUGCCCACCCGCCUUCUCCUUCCUCUCAUGGCUAUAAAGCCCGCCUGACACCGACCCAACCUGCCCGCCCGCACGCACGCUCGCUCGCCGCAUAUCUUCCCGUCCACCGGCUCGAUCGCCUGCCUGCGUGCGCUGGUGUGCGUGGUGGUGGCGAUGGGAGGAGGGAGCGGCGGCGGCGGGGUGUGGCCGGUGGUGGUGAUGGUGUUCCUCAACGCGAUCGCGGCGGUGAUGGUCUCCCUCGUCAAGGUGGCCAUGAACGGGGGCCUGGACCCGCUGGUGCUCGUCACCCUCCAGCAGCUCACCGCCGCCAUCUUCCUCGGCCCCAUCGCCUACUUCAGGGAGGGCAAGGUCCGCCCCAAGAUGACGCUGGAGAUCUUCGCCUACCUCUUCGCCAGCGCGGCGCUGGGGGCGGCGCUCAGGCAGUACAUGAUCUUCGUGGCGCUGCGGUACACCACGGCCACCUUCGUCACGGCCUUCUCCAACGUGGCGCCGGUCCUCACCUUCCUGCUCGCCGCCGCCACGCGGUCCGAGUCCCUGAAGCUCAGGACCGCCACGGGCGCCGCCAAGCUCGCCGGCACGCUGGUGUCGCUGGCGGGCGCCAUGGUGCUCACCUUCUACCGCGGCGUCCCCCUCACCCACGCCCACCGCGGGCAGCUGCACUACUCCGCCGCGCCGUCGCCGGCGGGCGACCCCGGCGCCGGCAAGAGGUGGACGCUGGGUACGGUGGCGAUCCUGGGCAACUGCGUGUGCCUCUCCUGCUGGUUCCUGCUGCACGGCCGGCUCGCGAAGAAGUACCCCUACGUCUACUCCUGCAACGCCUUCAUGUCCACCUUCAGCUUCCUCCAGGUCGCCGCCGUCGGGCUCUGCGCCCACCGCAGCCUCGGCCUCGCCGCCUGGCUCGUCACCUCCAAGUUCCAGAUCCUCACCAUCCUCUACGCCGGGGUGGUGGGGUGCGGGGUGUCGUUCGUGCUGCUGACGUGGUGCAUCGAGAAGCGGGGGCCGGUGUUCGUGGCCGCCUUCAUCCCGGUGGUGCAGAUCAUCGUCUCCGUCAUGGACUUCACCGUGCUGCACGAGACGCUCUACCUCGGAAGUGUUCUGGGAUCGGUGUUGGUGAUAGGUGGGCUGUACCUGCUGCUGUGGGGCAAGAGGCAGGAGGCCCUGCAGCAGCCCCCAAAAGUUGCAGAGGAUGACACGGAGCAGCAACAGCAGCAAGUGCAGCAGCAACAACAACCACCACAACAACAGGUACAGGUGCAGAUGCAGCCCUGACUUUCAAGACUCACAGGCUGAAAAACAGAGGAGCCCUCCAUCCGUUGCAUCUGGGUGGGUGUUAACAAGUGCAGCAAAUAAGUUCUCCAACACACUUUUCAGUUUUCGUUUCCAUGUUCUUGUGAGAUCACCAUUAAUGGUGUAAAUUAAGCUUCAGGGCACUGUCAGCCAUGUCAUGAAGCUGUUUAGGUUCUGAUCCAGACAACACUCAGUAGGAUAAUGAUCUGAAGAUUCUAUACCAAAACUAAUAGCGACAUCAGAGAAAAUAUGUAUACUAGAUGUCACCAUGUUUUGUAUGUUUUUUGAGAAGUGUAUUUUUUUCGUGGGGACAUACGUGGAAUGCUCUAAUUAACUGCAAAUUUGUAAGA